CCGCAGGUGCGGUGCAUCCGACGGGGGGGGGAACGGCGUUUCCUCCCAGGCCUGCUGACGUGCUCAUGAGGAUACGACGGAUUGAACGAUUGCCAGAUGCUUUUAAACCAGCUGAAAGAGAUCACAGGAAUUCAAGAUUCAGCUUUCCUCCAUGCGGCUCUAAAGGCUGCUAAUGGAGACCUAAUGGAAGCGGUCACCUUCCUGACGGAGGAGCACGCUCAGGAGCCGGCUCAGGACGCGGCUGCUGCAGAGCCGUCCGCUUGGGAAGGGAGCGCUGUGGGCAAACAGCUCCCACAAAAUGUUACUACUGCACUUACCCCUAACAACAAAGAUGACCUCCACGCAGCCGACGCCUGCAGACCACUGGAAUCGCCAAAAGCUCAGGCUGCGGAAAGAGAUGCUGCUGAAAGACCACAGGAAGCGCAUUCUGCUGAAAACAAAAAUCGCUCCAAAAGGAAACGCUGUGAAGUCUGGGGAGAGAACCCCAAGCAGAAUGACUGGAGAAGAGUGGGCGACUGGCCCGUUGGAAUGAAAAAUAUUGGAAAUACAUGUUGGUUUAGCGCUGUCAUACAGUCUCUGUUUCAGUUGCCAGAAUUUCGGAGGCUGGUCCUUGGGUACUCCCUCCCACAAAAUGUGCUUGAAAGUUGUCGUAGUCGCACUGGAAAAAGAAAUAUUGCAUUCAUGCAAGAACUUCAGUGUCUGUUUGCUUUAAUGCUGGGGACACGUCGUAAGUUUGUAGACCCUUCUGCAGCACUGGAACUCUUGAGGGAUGCGUUUAGAUCCGCUGAAGAACAGCAGCAAGAUGUGAGUGAAUUUACACACAAACUACUGGACUGGCUGGAGGACGCGUUCCAGCUUGCUGUGAACGUCAAGAGCCCUGGGGACAAAUCUGAAAACCCGAUGGUACAACUUUUCUACGGGACUUUCUUGACUGAGGGUGUCCACGAGGGCAAUACUUUUUCCAAGAUCGAAGCCUUCGGUCAGUAUCCCCUUCAGGUAAAUGGUUAUCGAAACUUGAAUGAGUGCUUGGAAGGAGCCAUGGUGGAGGGAGAGAUGGAUGAGGCGACAGCAUCUCAGGCAGUGAAGUAUGGACAGGAGCGCUGGUUUACAAAACUCCCACCAGUACUGACCUUUGAACUCUCCCGAUUUGAGUUCAAUCAGUCACUAGGACAGCCAGAGAAAAUUCACACCAAGCUAGAAUUUCCCCAGACUAUUUAUAUGGACAGGUACCUCUACUGCAGUAAAGAGCUUAUUCAGAUGAAGAGAGAAGAAAUGAAGAGAUUGAAGGAGAAAAUGGUGAUUCUGCAGCAGAAACUGGAAGGGUACAUGAAAUACGGCUCUGGCCCAGCCCGCUUUCCGCUGCCCGACAUGCUCCAGUAUGUUCUCGAAUUCAUCGCUACAAAGCCAGCUGUAGUUGUUUCUUCUGCUCAGGGCCCUCAGACAACACUCCUGCAGUCCCAAGCUGAGCCUCGUGUUUUGGACGUGCUUUCGCAGCCAAACGGCAUACUAGAAAGGAAGGAUACUGGGACUGAAGAUGCAGCUUUCUUUUUGGCAAAUCCCUCGCCGCAGCAAAAAUCGAGUACGCCGCUCCAGCCUUCUGGUUCGCCAGCAGAAAUGUCUGAACGGCCAGCUCCUCACGUGGUUUCCGAGGAAGAGCUGAACCUUGUUCGGACGUGCCUGCAGCGAUGGAGAAACGAGAUUGAACAAGACGUGCAAGAUCUGAAGGAGUCUAUUACCAGAAUCAACCUGUCCAUUGAACGGAUGUACUGCGACCCUCUCCUCCAGCAGGUUCCCUAUCGUUUGCACGCGGUCUUGGUACAUGAAGGGCAAGCAAAUGCUGGUCACUACUGGGCCUACAUAUACGACCAGCCUCGAAAAAGCUGGCUCAAAUACAAUGACAUCUCGGUGACGGAAUCGUCGUGGGAAGAAUUGGAGCGAGAUUCAUUCGGAGGCUUGAAGAAUGCCAGUGCCUACUGCCUGAUGUACAUAAGUGAUAAGGUGUCCCGCUUUGUUGCAGACAAGGAUGAUGGUUCAGAGGUUGGACAGUUUGAGAAGGAAGUUGAAGCCUUGCCCCCGGAGCUGAGACACUACAUCCAGGAGGACAACUGGCGACUCGAGCAGGAGGCCGAGGAGUGGGAGGAGGAGCAAUCUUGCAAGAUUCCUCAGAUGGAGCCUUCACCUGCUUCUGAGUCGCAGGACCUCUCUUCUGAAUCAGGACCAGAUCAGUCUUCAGUCUGUGAGCAGAGCGUGCGCUCGCUCUCCUCUGAACACGCCAUGAUUGCCAAGGAGCAGACUGCCAAGGCCAUUGCAAACACCGCCGACGCCUAUGAAAAGAACGGUGUUGAGGCAGCUCUCUGCGAGCCCAAGGAGGUAGAACCAGUGAAGGCCCAACCGGGAGACACAGCCCUUACAGUUCAGGCAGAACAACCACAGGACGCUAAGGAAACAGAGUCUGCUGCCCAAACUAGCUCACAGGUCUCUGAAGUGGAAAUCCCCAGCGUGGGGAAGAUUCCCGUUAGAUCCGAUGCAGACGGAUAUAACGAGGAGGUGAUGCUGAGUCCGGCCAUGCAAGGUGUCAUCCUGGCUAUUGCAAAAGCCCGCCAGACCUUUGAUCGAGAUGGGUCUGAAGCGGGGCUUGUUAAGGCGUUCCACGAGGAGUACUCCAGGCUCUACCUGCUCGCCAAAGAGACCCCGACCCCUCAGAACGAUGCCCGGUUGCAGCACGUGCUCGUUUACUUCCUGCAAAACAAUGCUCCCCAGCAGGUGGUGGAACGGACCCUUCUUGAGCAGUUUGCGGACAAAAACCUCAGCUACGACGAAAGGUCAAUUAGCAUUAUGAAGGUAGCACGAGCAAAGCUGAGAGAAAUCGGUCCUGACGAUGUCGAUAUGGAGGAGUACAAGAGAUGGCACGAAGACUACAGCCUUUUUCGCAAGGUGUCAGUUUACCUGCUGACAGGGUUGGAGCUCUACCAGAAUAGAAAGUUCCAGGAGUCGCUCACCUACCUGGUCUACGCCUACCAAAGCAACACCAAGCUGCUGGUGAAAGGAACCAACAGAGGAGUGAACGAGUCGCUGAUUGCCUUGUACAGAAGGAAGUGUCUCCUGAAGCUGAACGAGGUGGCAGCAUCUCUGUUCGUAAGCUGUGAAGAAGCUCGUGUGGCAGAGGGCAUUACCAUCCUGAACGAGCUGAUCAUCCCCUGCAUGCACCUCAUGAACAACUUCGAGAUCUCCAAAGAGGACCUGGAUGCCAUCGAGGUCAUGAGAAACCGCUGGUGCUCCUACCUGGGACGAGAAGACAUGGACGCGAAACUGCAGAUGAAGCUGGGCGAAUUACUCCCCCGGCUCCUCGACUGCUCCACCGAGGUCAUUGUUCUGAAAGAGCCCCCGAAGAUCCGGCCCAACUCCCCCUACGACCUCUGCAGCCGGUUUGCAGCCGUGAUGGAGUCCAUUCACGGGGCCUCGACCGUGACUGUGAAAUAGACCGCGGACUCCCCGCCGUGGCGUGGUACACACACCGCAGGCCGCCUGCCUGCCCGGGGUCCUCCCGUCGGGCAGCGUUUGAAAGGGAGAGGGAAGAGAAAGGGGCGAUUCGGCUUCAGAGCUGUGUUCUUUGUAAAUACGAACGAAUAAAAAGCAGUAUUGCACUUUUGAGAUAAAACGUUGAGCGGUAACGCGAAGGACCUGAACCACUGUGCUAGCGUGAGGCGCCGGGUCCCUGGCAGCACCGUCCCCUGCCGUGGGGUCCCCGGGCCAUCUCAGGAGGUUCUUCUGUUCUGGCAGCUCUCUAGACGCGGGUCCCUGGGCCUGUGACGGCAGCAGAGCAAGAGACCGGCUCCUCUGGUGAGCCGGGCUGCGAGCUGUCGUUGAUCUGUCAGACGCAUUUACCUCUACCCGAAUGAUCAGAGAUUAUACAUUCAGAUCUUGCCAAGCGCCUGCUAGCAGGAGUCCGAGUUGUGUGAUCGGGAGGCGGAGGGGAACGGUGGCUCACGCUCUCUACCGUGGGGGCAGUCACGCGUGCAGCCGCAUAUCUUGGUCGAGUCAAGCGGGCGUUUGCCUUUUGUAUUUUAAAAGACAAUAUGCAGGAGUCUUCCUCUGAGGAAGGCACGAGCAAUUAGUGGCAGCAACAGGAGACGGGACGGGGCUGUAAAGAUUGUCUCCCGCACAAUCGUGCUACAGCGAUAGCUUACCGGUUGUUGAGGGAGAUCACGCCGCCCCAAAGGAUAUUCCCCUCUCGGAUCGGAAGGCAAACUUCCUUCUCGCCUCUGGUGGAUUUUUCAGUGCCGGAUUAGUGUUGAUGACAACUGCGAGGGCUAGAAUCGGCUCCUUUUUUGUUGGUGGUGGGGUUUGGGUUUUUUUUUUCCAGUUGACUUUCUGUAAAAAAUGUGCCCCGUUUGCAUUUCCUUUUGGGGGCAGCCUGUACUUGGCGUUUGAGCGGCGGGCGGCGGCAGGUGUUUUAAACCAAAUGUUCUGAGUGGAGGGGGGGAAUCCUGUUUGUUAGGACUAUGCAGGUUUUUCUAGAAGUGCAAUAAAAGCCUUUGUUCUAUG